AGUGCUUGCUGCUGCUUGCAAAACAAAAUACGGUCGUUGGGGCACGUUUCCUCUGCUGCAGACGCUCACGGUCGGCUUAGCUGGGGAUCCAGGUUUUACCUUGGAGCAGCAGGCUGGAUUCCCACCCGGGCUGUACGGCUUCCUGGACGGGAAUGUUAUAGUCCAGCCGUAACAUGCUCACGGCUUGUUCUUUAUUUCAACAGUUGGUUCUGAACAAUGGCCGUGUGGAUCCAGGCCCAGCAGCUGCAGGGGGAGGCCCUGCGCCAGAUGCAGGCGCUGUACGGCCAGCACUUCCCCAUCGAGGUGCGGCAUUACCUGUCGCAGUGGAUCGAGAGCCAGGCAUGGGACUCCAUCGACCUCGAUAACCCCCAGGAGAACCUCAAAGCCACCCAGCUGCUGGAGGGGCUGAUCCAGGAGCUGCAGAAGAAGGCCGAUCACCAAGUGGGCGAGGACGGGUUCUUGCUGAAGAUCAAGCUGGGGCAUUAUGCCACUCAGCUGCAGAACACGUAUGACCGCUGCCCCAUGGAGCUGGUGCGCUGCAUCCGCCACAUCCUGUACCACGAGCAGCGGCUGGUUCGAGAGGCCACUAACAGCCCCUCCCCAGCCAGCAGCCUGGCUGACGCCAUGUCCCAGAAGCACCUGCAGAUCAACCAGACCUUUGAGGAGCUGCGUCUCGUCACCCAGGACACGGAGAACGAGCUGAAGAAGCUGCAGCAGACGCAGGAGUAUUUCAUCAUCCAGUACCAGGAGAACAUGCGCCUGCAAGCCCAGUUCUCCCAGCUCUCCCAGCUGGGCCCCCAGGAGCGCAUGUCCCGCGAGACGACGCUGCAGCAGAAGAAGGUGUCGCUGGAGGCCUGGCUGCAUCGGGAGGCCCAGACACUACAGCAGUACCGCGUGGAGCUGGCGGAGAAGCACCAGAAAACCCUGCAGCUGCUGCGCAAGCAACAGACGACCAUCCUGGAUGACGAGCUGAUUCAGUGGAAGCGGCGGCAGCAGUUGGCGGGGAAUGGCGGCCCCCCCGAGGGCCCCCUGGACGUGCUGCAGUCCUGGUGUGAGAAGCUGGCCGAGAUCAUCUGGCAGAACCGGCAGCAGAUCCGUCUGGCCGAGCACCUGUGCCAGCAGCUGCCCAUCCCAGGGCCCGUGGAGAAGAUGCUGGCUGAGCUCAACGGCACCAUCACAGACAUCAUCUCUGCCCUGGUGACCAGCACCUUCAUCAUCGAGAAGCAGCCCCCCCAGGUGCUGAAGACACAGACCAAGUUCGCGGCCACGGUGCGGCUGCUGGUGGGGGGGAAGCUGAAUGUGCACAUGAACCCGCCCCAGGUGAAGGCCACCAUCAUCAGCGAGCAGCAAGCCAAGGCCCUGCUGAAGAAUGAAAGCACUCGCAACGAGAGCAGUGGGGAGAUCCUGAACAACUGCUGCGUGAUGGAGUACCACCAGGCCACGGGCACCCUGAGUGCUCACUUCAGGAACAUGUCCCUGAAGCGCAUCAAGCGAUCAGAUCGGCGCGGCGCCGAGUCGGUGACCGAGGAGAAGUUCACCAUCCUCUUUGAGUCGCAGUUCAGUGUCGGCGGCAACGAGCUGGUCUUCCAGGUCAAGACGCUGUCCCUGCCCGUGGUGGUGAUCGUGCAUGGGAGCCAAGACAACAACGCCACGGCCACCGUGCUCUGGGAUAACGCCUUCGCCGAGCCGGGCCGGGUGCCGUUCGCCGUGCCCGAGAAGGUGCUGUGGCCCCAGCUGUGCGAGGCGCUCAACAUGAAGUUCAAGGCCGAGGUGCAGAGCAGCCGGGGGCUGACGAAGGAGAACUUGCUCUUCUUGGCCCAGAAGCUUUUCAACAGCAGCAGUGCCCAGCUGGAGGAGUACAGCGCCAUGUCCGUCUCCUGGUCCCAGUUCAACAGGGAAAACUUGCCAGGGAGGAAUUACACCUUCUGGCAGUGGUUCGACGGGGUCAUGGAGGUGCUGAAGAAGCAUCUUAAGCCUCACUGGAAUGACGGGGCCAUCCUGGGCUUCGUCAACAAGCAGCAAGCGCACGACCUGCUGAUCAACAAGCCGGAUGGGACCUUCCUGCUGCGGUUCAGUGACUCUGAGAUCGGGGGCAUCACCAUCGCCUGGAAGUUCGACUCACCUGAGAGGAUGUUUUGGAACCUCAUGCCCUUCACGACCAGAGACUUCUCCAUCCGCUCGCUGGCCGACCGCCUGGGUGACCUCAAUUACCUCAUCUACGUGUUCCCCGACCGGCCCAAGGAUGAGGUCUUCUCCAAGUACUACACGCCGGUUCUCUCUAAAGCCGUGGAUGGAUACGUGAAGCCACAGAUCAAACAAGUAGUGCCAGAGUUUGCCAGCGCCUCCGGGGAUUCUACCGCCGGAACGGUCACCUACAUGGAUCAGGCGCCGUCACCGGCUGUGUGCUCCCAGCCGCAUUACAACGUCUAUCCACAGAACCCCGACUCUGUGCUGGAUCCCGAGGGUGAGUUCGACCUGGACGACACGAUGGACGUUGCGCGACACGUGGAGGAGCUUCUCCGGCGGCCCAUGGACACUCAGUGGAUCCCCCACAGCCAGUCGUGACCCUGCACCGUGGUACAGCCCGGCCCGGCAGCCGUGACCCUGGGAGCUGAUCCGGGGAGCGUGCCCCGUGGAGAACAGCCCUGUGUUCGUGUCUCUGUGCAUGGGCCCAUGGGGGGGAUGCUCAGCCGGGGGCUUUGCUGCGCCAGCUGCAGUGUCCAUGGCUGCGCUUGGCUGUUUGGUGUUUAUCCCCGUGUACUAAAGGCAGUGGGCUUGUUGUAUGGUUUCCCUGUCUGUUACUCAGGCCUGCCGUCAGCUUCCCGCUUCUGCAGCGCUGUUCUUCCCCAUGCAGCAGAUCCCUGGAGCCCCGUGCGUUCCCAGCACCCACUGGACUCGGAUCCCUGCCCUUGGGCCCGGGGCCUCUCAGCGGGGGGGGCGGGCCUGGGAGUCUGUUUGCAGUAAUUGUCACAUCUAGGACUUUCGUGUUCAAAUUCUUUCCUUUUGUUACUAGCUCCCCCAUCCCAGGGGGCAUGUGUGUGUGCGUUGGGUCCUGUUUGUGUGCACAGAGACCUGGGGGCAAAGACUCUUUCUUCUCAGCCCAGGCAGCAGCAUCUGCGCCUUAGGAGUGGCUUGCUGGGAAGGCAUCCCACCAGGGCCCUUUUCUCCUCCUGGUUCCUGCCUGGCCCGUGUCCGCUCAGCCGGUGGGAAGCUGCCUUUCCCCCAUGCCUGGUGGGGGGUGUUUAACAAACCCUGAGAGGAAGGACACGACUGCUUGGUGUGCAGGAGGAAUGGGGCUCCCGGCUGGGGUCAGGGCAAGGCGCGGCUCAGACUGGGGGUGAGAGGCUGCUGGUCCCCCCUCAGACGCCCUCCCUCCCCUUCUACAUUAUUUUUCUAUGGCUGAGUAAAUAAAGCACAGAAUAUUUUUUUAACACAAAGCUCUGGAUUCCGCGUGUCUCUGUGGGAGCAUCAGCUCUGGGCUCAGCAGACCGCUGACGUCCUGGGGAAGGGUCAGACAGAGCCCCUGGGGUUGGGACUGUCCGUGGGCCAGGCAGCAGGUGUUUGAGCCCAGGGCUGAGCCGCACCCUGUGCGGACGAGCUGCUCUGGGGAAAACGCUGCAUUUGCCAGCUGGGUUCAGUGGUCAGACUCAGUGGGGCAGCCAGGCGGGAGGACGGGGAAGUUGUGACAUUCCUCCCCUCACUUUCUAAAGGACUUGCAGCAGCCCCCAGACAAUCGACUGGCUGGGCUGGCCCCACAUGGCUGGAGGCAGCAGGCGCUGAACCUGGCUACAGGCUUGUAGGGGCUCCAGCCAGGCCCUCGCCCCUCUGCUGCUUCCCUGUGUUCAGAGUGCCCUUAGCUGCAUGAGGGGAGCCGUGCCGCUGGGUCAACCUUCAUUUAUGUCAGUUCCCAGCACCCAGUGAGCCUGGACCCAGAGGCACCUGGCAGGAUCUUGGUCCUUCCAGCUUUGCAAAGGACACUCCACAGAGCAUUCUGGGCCAAGGCAGUGCUAGGGCCAGGUGGGUCCCAGCACGGACACCAUUUGCACCAGUGCUGUCUGUCCUGGUUUGAACUUGGGACAAGCUGCCCUGGUGCAAAGCGUGUCUGCCCCAGGCAUUGCACUAGUCACUGAAAUCCCAGAACCCUGGAUGCAGGCAGGGCAUGUGGGGGGACGCUGGGGAGCACUGUCCCAAUGGUCUGUCCCUAACCUGUUUCAGUGCUGCAGUCAGCGGGGGCAGCGGGUGUGCGUGUGCUUGGCUUAGCUGCAAGUCCUGCACGUGGCCUUUCAUGUGAGUAACUCCACAACCACCUGCUUUGCCAGGCUGCACGUCCGCAGGGCGAGGGUUGGGGGCUAGCCCCUGGCCCUGCAGAUAGUGCUGAGAUCGUCCUGAGAACAAACAAAAUCCCAUUCUUUUUUUAAAAAGAAAAAUUCUCUUGCCAAAGGCCCGGCCAGGUGGGGAUGAGUUCUCGUCUUUUGGAAUUACAAGUGAAUUUCAAAGAGAAGCAGGAAAAGCUUUGGUGUGAGGUUAGAUCACGACUUUUGUAGAAAGGAAAAAUAUAUAUAAUUUAAAAAACAACCAUGGUGAAACUUUUUAUAAUUUUAUUAAAAAAAAAAAAAACAGAAAACCUUGUAUGUGGAAACUGAAUGAUUUCAACUGCCUAUUUUUAGUGUUGCAGUCUGCUCCUGACUUGCAUAUGGCACUAAUAAAGUAUUGUCAACUCUU